GGAGAAUAAGGCGAACUGGAAAUGGUUCUUGUGUUGGCUACAACAAGAGCUAGAUCUUGGAGAUGAUUCAACAUUAACUAUAAUAUCGACAUGCAAAAGGGAUUAAUUGGUGCUGUGAGUCUUGUUAUCCCAGAUGUAGAGCAUAGAUUCUGUGCUAGGCAUGUAUACGCCAACUGGUCAAAAAAAUGGAGAGGUGAAGAGUUUAAGAAGAAAUUUUGGGCAUGUGCUUGGAGUAGUUUUGAAGAAGAGUUUGAGGAGAAUCUACAGAAGUUGGGUGAAUUAAGCAAACAAGCAGCUCAAGAUUUACGCAAAUAUUCUGAGCAAACAUUUGUUCGUGCAUUUUUAGCAGCAGAAGUAAGUGAUGGAUUGUGGAUAAUAACAUAACUGAAUCUUUUAUUGCAUGGAUCGUUGAGUGUAGAAGGAAAUCUAUAGUUAGCAUGCUUGAAGAUAUCAGGUUGAAAUGUAUGAAUAGGAUAAAAGUUUUCAAGGUUAGUUUUGAGAAAUGGGUAAAUGAUUGGUCCCCAUCAUCUAUGGAGUUUUUUUUAGAUAAUAAAGAUGCAGCAACUGGUUGUAAAGUCAUUUACAAUGGUGAUGUAGGAUUUGAGAUAGGUGAAGGGAGAAAUAAGCAUACGGUGUUUAUAGACAAAGAGGUGUGCACCUGUAGAACAUGGGAUCUAACUGGAAUUCCACGUUCCCAUGUUAUAUGCGCAUUGCAUUAUAAUAAAGAGAACCCCAAUUCACACAUAUCAAUGUGGUAUCAUAAAUCAUUGUACAAAGCAGCCUAUGAACAUUCAUUACAGCCUGUGCCUGGUAAGAUGUUUAUGAGAAUACAUGAUUUUGAGCCUAUAGAACCCCCCUAUGACUACAAGCAUAGGCAGACCAAAUGAUAAGCGUCGUAGGGCUUCAAAUGAACCAAAUGGUUCAAAAAGUGGAACAAAAGCACCUACUUAGCAUGAAGG